UCACAAUUCACUCAAACCAAAAACCCUUUUGUUUCGUUCACUCCCAAAUCACUCUUCAAUCACACACUUCCUCUCUCUUUCUCCGUCUCGCUUGUAUAUCAUCCUCUUCCAGUCUUCCUUCACAGCAAGCAAGGAACUUCCACAUCUCUCUCCAAUCUCUCAAGCCAUGUCUGAGGAGGUUAAAGAUGCUCCCGCACCGCCAAAGGUUAUUGAUGCUCCAGCUUCCCCAGAGGUUGUAGAUGCUGCAGCACCGUCGAAGGCUAAGGAUGCUCCUUCACCAGCAGCUGAAGAAAAGGCUGGUGCCAUGGAGAAUAAACGUAGUUCUGAAUCAACCUCUGUGGAGACACAAUCAGAACAGAGGAGGGCUACAACCUCUGCAGCUGGAGUGCCGCUACAAAAUCCUUUCGAUUUCUCUGCAAUGACGGGCCUACUAAAUGACCCGAGCAUCAAAGAAUUAGCCGAACAGAUUGCAAAGGACCCUUCUUUUAAUCAAAUGGCAGAGCAGCUUCAGAAGACCUUUCAGGGUGCUUCAGUGGAUGAGGGUACCCCUCAGUUUGAUACACAGCAAUACUACACUACAAUGCAGCAGGUUAUGCAAAAUCCACAAUUUAUGACAAUGGCUGAGCGGCUUGGCAAUGCUUUAAUGCAGGAUCCAUCUAUGUCCGGCAUGCUUGAGAAUUUGACCAAUCCAGUUCACAAAGACCAGCUUGAAGAACGAAUGUCACGCAUCAAGGAGGAUCCUUCUUUGAAGCCUAUUUUGGAUGAGAUAGAGACAGGAGGUCCAGCUGCAAUGAUGAGGUAUUGGAAUGAUAAGGAGGUUCUACAGAAGUUGGGUGAAGCAAUGGGUUUUGCUGUUGCUGGAGAACCAGGUUCCUCUGCUGACAAUGCAGAGCCAGAUGAAGCAGAGGAAGCAAAUGAAGAUGAAUCUAUUGUUCAUCAUACUGCUAGUAUUGGUGAUGUAGACCGUUUGAAGAACGCACUUGCUGCGGGUGCUGAUAAAGAUGAAGAAGAUUCAGAAGGAAGAACAGCAUUGCAUUUUGCUUGUGGUUAUGGAGAGGUGAAGUGUGCACAAGUUCUUCUCGAGGCUGGUGCAAAGGUGGAUGCUUUGGAUAAGAAUAAGAACACUGCUCUUCAUUAUGCAGCAGGUUAUGGCAGGAAAGAGUGUGUUCAACUCCUGCUGGAGCAUGGAGCUGCUGUCACUCUCCAAAACUUGGAUGGAAAGACUCCCAUUGAUGUUGCUAAACUGAAUAACCAGCAUGAGGUACUUAAGCUGCUCGAGAAGGAUGCUUUUCUAUAAACUUGGAAUAUAGACGUGAGGUACUUGAGCUUUUCCGUCUAUCAGGGUGUGAUUGUGUUAGCCCUAUGUAUUUUGAGAGGCUGUCGUCCCGACUUCAUGUAAUUUUUCCAUUUGCUUCUGUAUGAUCAUUAUUUUUACUGUUUCCUCCACAUAUUACGCACAUAAUUGAUAGUAUCUGGGGUACUUAAUGUCUUGUCCGCU